GCGGGGGCAGCGAUGGCGACGGCCGCGGCGGGCGCGGGCGAACUACAAGUCCCAGCAGCUCCCGCUGCGGCCCUCGGCCGGCCCCUCUCGCUCCCCGGGAGCGCCUGGCGGGGCCGCUGGGCCGAGGGGGCCGCCGGCGGGACUGGCGGGCGGGGGGCUUCCUGCGGGCCCCGGGGGCGCGGCGGGCCGGGCAGGGGCGAGGGGCGCCGGGACCCAAGCUUCCCACGGGAGGAGGAGCCCAACAUGGAGAGAGGGGCAGAGCCCUGGAGCUGGGCACUGGACACCUCUAGUGCCGGGGCCCAUGACUUCCAUCCAGAUCCUGCCCCGGAAGCAACCAGCACUUCCACACCAGGGAUGCGGCGCUCAGUCCUGGUCAGGAACCCGGGCCACAGAGGCCCAAGGCCCGCUUAUGAAGAGCUUGACUCCGACUCAGAGGACCUGGACCCCAACCCCGAAGAGCUGGAUGCAGUCUGCGAAGACCCAGAGCCUGACCCAGAAGACCUCAACACUGUCUCCAAAGAUGCGGACCCCAGCUACGAAGCUCUGGGGCCCGUCUCUGAGGACCUGGACCCCGACGCCCAAGCUCUGAGCUCCAUCUCAGCCGCCCGGGACUCGGAUCCCCAAGAUCUCCACCCCAUGGCUUCAAGUUUCGACCUCGAUCCAGAUGUCAUCGGCCCUGUCCCCCUGGUUCUUGACCCUAACAGCGACACCCUCAGCCCCACCGAAUCCCCAGACGUGGACCCCCUUGCAUCCAGCCUCACUGCCACUCCCGAGGUCCUGGCCCCCAGCCCCGCGGUGCUCCCUGCACCUGCCAGCCCUCCCCGGCCCUUCUCCUGCCCCGACUGCGGGCGAGCCUUCCGCCGCAGCUCGGGGCUGAGCCAGCACCGCCGUACCCACAGCGGCGAGAAGCCCUACCGCUGCCCCGACUGCGGCAAGUCGUUCAGCCACGGCGCCACGCUGGCGCAGCACCGCGGCAUCCACACAGGCGCGCGGCCCUACCAGUGCGCCGCCUGCGGCAAGGCCUUCGGCUGGCGCUCGACGCUGCUGAAGCACCGCAGCAGCCACAGUGGCGAGAAGCCGCACCACUGCCCGGUGUGCGGCAAGGCGUUCGGGCACGGCUCGCUGCUGGCGCAGCACCUGCGCACGCACGGCGGGCCGCGGCCGCACAAGUGCCCCGUGUGCGCCAAGGGCUUCGGGCAGGGCUCGGCGCUGCUGAAGCACCUGCGCACGCACACCGGCGAGCGGCCCUACCCGUGCCCGCAGUGCGGCAAGGCCUUCGGCCAGAGUUCGGCGCUGCUGCAGCACCAGCGCACGCACACGGCCGAGCGUCCUUACCGCUGUCCCCACUGCGGGAAGGCCUUCGGCCAGAGCUCCAACCUGCAGCACCACCUGCGCAUCCACACGGGCGAGCGGCCCUAUGCCUGUCCCCACUGUUCCAAGGCCUUCGGCCAGAGCUCCGCGCUGCUGCAGCACCUGCACGUGCACUCCGGGGAGCGCCCUUACCGCUGCCAGCUCUGCGGCAAGGCCUUUGGCCAAGCGUCCAGCCUCACCAAGCACAAGCGGGUGCACGAGGGCGCCGCCGCCGCAGCCGCGGCAGCUGCUGCGGCUGCCGCCGCCGCGGGCCUUGGCCUCAGUCCUGCCUCCAUGUUGAGGCCAGGGCAGGUCUCCCUCCUGGGUCCUGAUGCUGUCUCUGUUCUUGGCUCCGGCCUGGGCCUCAGCCCUGGCCCCAGCUCCGGCCUGGGCUCUGAACCUAGCUCCGUGCUGGGCUCCCUUCCUGAUCCUGGCCCCAAAGCUCUCUCCCGCUCGGAAUCUACCCCCACCCCUGAUUCUGUCAAAUCUUCUGACCCUAAGCCUGGUCCCAACGCCAAUCCUGACCUCGUGGCCAGCCCUGAGCACGGAUCUGGUCCCAGCUCUGACCAGGAUCCCGCCCCCAGCCCCAAGCCCAACCCUGAAUCUCACCCUGACCCCUGCUCUCCCACCCAUGACACUGUCAGUCCGGCCCUCCCUACUGGCGAGAGUCCCCAGUGGGUGCAGGAGCAAGGGGCUCUGCUGGGGCCGGAUGGCUGAAGUGGACGCCGACACUCACGGGGGCCUGGGGAAGUUGUGUGUCAUGUAAUUUAGUAAAAUCCUCCCACUGCCUCCCGGC